AUGCUUGGAAAGAACCUGCGGUUCGUAUUUUUAUCAAUGACAUUUCAACUGCUCUGCUGCACAAACUUAGAGAACCACGUGAAAACCGAAAUCGACGGGGGUCAUGUAAUUUACGGGAACAAGUACGAAGCGGAAAAUUUGGCUGGAGUGACGAGACCGGUGCACGAGUAUCUGGGAAUCCCCUUUGCUAAGCCACCAAUUGACAAACUUCGGUUCGCCCCUCCGCAACCCCUGGACGAGAAACAGACAGAAAUUCAGGCACGAACUAUGUCCAAAUCCUGCUGGCAGCCAGGAGCAGGUGGCUUCGAGCAUAACAAUCCCGGUGCACGCAUGUGGUACAAUAACACGGAAAUGUCCGAAGACUGUCUCUACUUGAAUGUCUGGACGCCAUUCAAGCCUGACGUGUAUUUACCAGUUAUGGUAUGGAUCUUUGGCGGCGGUUUCUACAGUGGGUCGGCGAAUCUGGACGUAUACAAUGGACGCUUCCUUGCUGGCAGGGAGAACGUGGUGGUGGUCUCAAUGCAGUACAGACUGGGUGCCCUGGGAUUCCUCUGUCUGAAUGCCAGCCAGACUGGUGGAAGUCAAUUGGCAGCAUGCAACAUGGGUCUGCUGGAUCAACAGAUGGCACUGAAGUGGGUAAAUAAGCACAUACGGGCAUUUGGAGGGGAUCCCAAAAAGGUAACUCUCUUCGGAGAAUCGGCCGGCAGCGCAAGCGUUGGUCUGCACUACCUAUCGCCAGUCUCUAGACCUCUCUUCUCCCAGAUGAUUAUGCAAAGUGCCAGCAUGUUCAACCGAUGGGCGCUGAUUGCACCAGACGUGGCCUACGAGCGAAGCGCCGCGGUAAGUGAAGUGCAUUCGCAAUACCUCUUCUUCUCUCCCCCCUCUAAAAAUCAAAUUCAACUUCUGUUUCCAAAAUGGUAUCCCAAUAAAGCAAAGCACGUCAUUUACCUUUGACCACAGAUGCAUCCGAAAUAUUCCCCCUGCUCUCCCUACUUAAAUGUGAUCAUAGCUGGCUUAAAUGUUCUGUUUAGGAAAUGGGACACCUUGGUGCGUCUUCACUAAAGUUAACUGAACUUUGAUCAAAGCAUUAGAACACUCAUUCUCUGCUUGACAUUCUAUUUACAUUAAUCGGAAACUUCGCAUCGGCUUCUAAAAGUUUCGCCUUUAUUCCUCCUGUUUUUAGUUUUCUAAAGCGUGUGGAUGCCUGGUCAGUGGUACCGAGUCCGUCGAGGAACAGGUGAAGUGCCUUCAAAAACUCCAGCCACACGAGCUCGUAGAGAGUGCCUCAGCCGUGUACACUGCCAGAGCGAAGCGACGUGCAGACCGCUUGGCCCACCUGUCGCCGCCCAUCGACCCCUUAGAUUACGCAGAUUCUGCGAUAUACGCCUCGUUUGAAUUCGCGCCGACGAUCGACGGCUCGUUCCUGCCGGACUGCCCGGAACGUCUUCUUACCCAGAUGGUCCUAAAUUAUACAGACUAUGUGCCACCAAAAUUGUUGAUAGGGACAAUGGAGAAGGAGGGCAUGUACUGGCUUCUCUAUGGACUUGGACUGAAGAAUGUGCAGUUCCUCUUUGAAAAUGGCACGGUAUCCUUGCCAGAUGAAGAUACAUUUAGGAAGGCAAACUUUGAUAUCUAUCGCCUGCUCACAGCAAAGUUCAUGAGCGAACAGGAUCUCGAGCAUCCAUUCACGACAGUCAUGACCACUACGUACGGAUUCACAAGUCCAGGCCUCCGUGAAGUUCCCAACACCACUACCGGAUUGCGGGAGUUCGUCGUGGAAAAUUCGACUGAAUUUAUGAAUCAGAUGGAUGCCAUUGCUGGUGACAUUGAGUUCACGUGCGGAACGUAUAAAUUUGCCCAACUCGUUGCAGAGCUGCCGAAUGCCAUUGUUUAUGUCUACAAUUUUGUGCACAAAACGCGCAAUAACGGUUUUCCCGACUGGACUGGCGCUAUGCACGGCUACGAGAUUGACUACGUCUUCGGAAUGCCAUUUUCUGAUACUUUUAAGCGCAACUUUUAUAAUUACACUGCUGAGGAGACAAGGCUGAGCGAAACUGUUAUGAAGUACUGGGCAAAUUUCGCUCGUACUGGGUAAGUUUGCAACUAAUAUACGAAUUAGUAAGAAACAGAGCUAGUAAUGCAGUUUCACAAAACGUCCUCUUUUCUUCAGAACUCCAGCACGAAAUGCAGAUGGGACCAGGGUCCAACCAGACUGGCCGGAGUAUGACGCGGAGUCAGGCAAGUACAUGGAAAUCGGCAUGGAUCAGGCGGUCAAGGCUCAUCAUCGCAGGGAGCAGUGCAAUGUUUGGAACGUUGAUUUCCCCUCUCAGAUACGAAAGCAUUUGAAUGAUAAGGGUGCAGAAAUCCCACGUGAUGUAUGUCCGAACAUGGAACCAUACCUUUAUGAUCGUCGUGCGCUCUCUGAAUUUGUGUAG